UUGAGGGACCCACGUAGUAAUUUUUCUAUUGGUGAUAGGAAUGGUUCGUUCAAAUUCAAGUCAAUGGAUAUUUUGAUCACUAAAAUUUCAACGAAUAUAUUCUGUCAAUGUUGCUGAAUUAGAUUGUGAAAGCUGCAGCUGUUUUAAUUUUAUUUACGCCCAGACACGAGCCAUUCAGUGUUAAUUAGAUUGUGGAGUUAUUUUUACAUUUUCCUGUGGUACUAACAAAAUGAGCUUCAACGCGGAUGAACUCGAAGCGCCGGAGUGGAUUAAUUCCAAUUUUUUUAGGAAAGCUCUUGAGUAUAAUGGAGAUUUGGCAAAUGUGACGAUCAACGAUUUCCACAUCUCUCCGGCUACUGCUAUUGGCGAUCAUUUUGCCAGCAUCAUGUUUCGAGUAAAAAGUCAAGUUUUCAACCCAGAACCAUCCAAGUGAAGAAUGCUCGAUAAUCAUUAAAACCUUACCAGUCGUCCAAGGAAUUAAAAAGGAUGUGUUGGGCCAACUCGAUGUAGACCUUUUCGCCACAGAAAUCUUUAUGUACUCAGAAGUUCUGAAUGAGUGCGGAAAAAUUUUGAAAAAUGCGGGCUACAACAGCUUAUUAGCUGCAAAAAUGAUUUAUCAGUCAACGGAGCCACAAAAGGUCAUAGUUUUUGAAGACUUAAAGGAACUCGGAUACUUCAUGUUCCCAAGAAUAAUUCCGACCGAAAAAGAUACUGAACUAAUCUUUUCCAAACUAGGACAAUAUCAUGCGGCUACAUUCAAGCUAGCGGCAGAGGGACACAAAGAUCUUAAGCGCAAAGGAGGUGUUUUCAAUUUAGGUGAUAUGGAUAAUUUAGGUUUCUUUCGAGACACAUUUUCAUUUUUCAAGGAAUUAGUGGAAACGCUACCUGGUUUCGAGGAAGCUUCAGAAAAACUAAGCAAAAUCUCUUUUGAUAAAAUCGUGAACAAAUGCAGACAAAUUGUCAAUGCACCUGGAACUUAUGAGGUCCUCAAUCAUGGUGACUACUACAUCAAAAACAUGAUGUUCAAAGGAAAAAAUGGGAUAGACCUUUCAGAAAUUGUGAUGGUUGACUUCCAAAUAUGCCACUGGGGUUCACCGUCUUUUGAUGUUGUCUAUACGUCAGCCCUGAUUCCACCUAGCAUGAGACCGAAAGCAUAUAAGCUCUAUUUCGAUACUUUCAUUGAUGUCCUGAAGAAAUCUGAUUACAAUGGAUCGUUACCUACAUUCGAGCAGCUGCAGAAAGAUUUGAAGUCUUACCGAAGUUUAGAUUUGUUUUUCCUAGCAACAAUUAGUUCAUUCCUUUGCGCUGAUAAAAAUAAAAUGAAAGAUGAUAUCGAGGCUCUACUCAAGAACACAAACUUAUUCAAAACAUUUUAUAGUCAAAGUACUUAUAUUUCAUAUGUGAAAGAAUUACUACCACGCCUGUUACAGGAAGGUAUUCUGGACGAUAUAAUAAAUUCCGAUUAAUUCAACAUAGUUCCUCUCCUUGGUACGUAAAAUUUACUUGCUAACUUGUCGAAAAUAUUAUUUGCAUGCAACUAAGAGAAAGUAUCUUGAAUGUACCAUAUGAUAUAUGAUAUAAAAUAUAAUUCAAUAAAAGAUGAA